AUCCCGUCCCCUUCAAUUCACCUGCAUCCCGUCAUCGGUUCUCAGUGAGAUAUGGCGUGACAUUCGAUAGGGUCACUAUUACCUCUUGAUCCCAAAUGGCUAUCGUAGCUCUCAGUGAGGAACAAGCAGAUCUGUUGUUGAAUAUUAGAGAAGAUCCUGCCGAAAUCGAACUUAACAGUGCAGCUCAGAAUUACAAUAAUGAUAAUAGUAAUAAGCCUGCUGCAGGAAAAAGUGGGAAAUUCAAAUCGCGAGCCAUCUUGUGCACUCAACAGUUUGCCCGGUUAUUUCCAAGUCCCCAUCGAUGUUUCCUUCACGUAACCAGUUUUUGUCACAUGUUUUUGACCUUAGCACUUCUCAUUGUCAUUCCCAAAUAUGCACAAAUCACCAAUGGGGUUGGUGGUGACAAUUUCAGUGCUCUGUUUUUUGUCUUGGCCAUCACUGCCACUGCCCUUGUUAUACUUAUGGGAUUAAGGAAGUUUUGGGAUAAUUCAUUCAGCAUCUACAGUAAACUAGAGAUCAGGAACAUUUUGAAGGAUUCUAUUGUUUUCACAGUCAGUCUUCUUGGCAUUUCCUACUGUUGUGAGGUGGACCGAGUGCCUUGUCAUCUUCAAGAUGGUCUGCUUUUCUUGUGCAUUCCUUUUUCAAUACUGUACAUGUCCAUAACCAAAAAUAAAGAAAAAAUGAACAAAAGUGCAAAACUGGUUGGAAUGCUGGCAGGAUUCAUGUCUCUUGUAUUCUUGGCCACAGUUCCAAUGUUGGCUUACAGAUUUUCUUGUAGAGGUCAUGAAAUUAGUACCAACCAGGAAGAAAAUGCUGAGCCUGUCAAAAGACCUGUUUGGAUACUAGCAUAUGUUAUGUUUAUUGGGUUUCUUGCCUGCAGUUUAUGUGAUUUUUGGUCUUGUAUUCAAGAUCAUGAAGAUUCUUCCAGAAAAAGUUUUGAGUGGACAGUUUGGUUUCAUUUCUUUGCCUUUAUUGCAAUUAUUUGCCUUUUCUGGACUAACAUUCUCCCAUCAUUUGGAAUGGCUGAUGGGAUUGAUGAUUUAUCUGCCAAACUGUCCAGCAUUUGGAGCUGCUAUUUUUCUAGCCAUUGCCAUACAGCCUCUAAGUUGGGAUUCCUUGUACCUGUUUUCUGGUUAUUGUUCCUUUAUAUGUCCAAUUUACUAGUCUAUCGUUUUCAAUCCAAUCCUGUGUAUGUUAUGUGUAAUGCCUGUCUUGCCAUACCUUUGCUAUCUGUGUUCUACAGUUUGUUUCUGUUUGAUCAGAUGUCUGGGAUUCAAGUUAAGGUCAGUCUUAGUCUAGGCAGCCUGAUCACCAUGGUUACUUUUCCAAUUGCAUAUGCAAUUUUGAGUUGUUACCAUAGCACAUCAGUUGUAUUUAAUCUCCUAGAUACUUUUGAUAUCUAUUGAGUAUUACCACUCUUGUUUUCCUGUUAUGAUAUCAGUGCAAUAAGAUACAAUGGACAUAUUACCAUAA